AUGGUUGGCAGCAGUAUAGGUGGUAUCUGUGCGUUAGGUCUUGGGACCAGAAAAUGGUCGCUAGAGGAGUGCAGAAUGAAGUUUCUCAAGUUCAGCGAGCAGAUCUUCGCUCCGAAAAGCUGUUUCGGCAGACUGCUGUCUCGUAUCACUGGUGGCUGGUUUGCUAUACUAUCUAACGUAGCCAAACUCAUAUUCUUCGAUAGCAUAUACGACUCGGCUCCAAUUGAGACGAUACUCCAGGAAAGCUUUGGCGAAGCCUCACUCAUGAUACAAAGUGAUCUGGAACACCCGACCAAAGUUGCUGUCGUUGUCAAUCAAGCAUCCACCUCCGGACCAACGGUGUUUGCCAACUAUAACAAGUCGCGUCAUAGUAAGAAUGGAGCUUACAUGUGGCCAGCGAUGGAUAGUCUUUACCGGUCGCUCAAGAUAUGGGAAGUAGCUCGCGCGACAUCGGCCGCACCAGGGUUCUGGGAUACCAUCACACUGCUUGGUAGCGCAUACCAAGAUGGCGGACUGAGCCACAAUAAUCCAUCUGCCAUUGCGAUCAGCGAGGCCAACGUGCUGGCGUCAUCCCGCAAUGCUGACUCUUUAAUCGUAUCAGUAGGUUGCGGACGUCUCUUCACAGCACCUCUAUCUAAGAUGUCAGUGUUUCGACGAUAUAUCAAGGUGUUCGAAGAGACUCUAGACGCGGAAAGACAGCACGAAGUGGUAGCAAUGCUGACGCCGGAGAGGUCCGGAAGCCUGGUGCGACUAAAUCCAAGAUUAGACAUGGAGGAGGUGUCGUUAGACGAACAGUCGUCGAUAUCUUCACUCGACGAUGCUGUCCAAUCGAUGCUGAUCUCAGGUUCUAGUGCAGCCAAGAUGUUCUCAGACGAGUGCAAAGCAGCAGCCAGGCGACUCAUCGCUUCCCUCUUUUAUUUUGAGCUAGGUCAUAAGAUGGUGAGAAGGGAGGCGACAGAUCAAAACCAGCAGACCGGCGUGAUCAAAACACGUUUGACCAAAGAUGAAUUCAAAGCAUUCAAACAAGGAUAUCCCGAAGUAAAGUUCAGGGUCAAGGACUUGAUGUUUGACACUUCUAUCUCGACGGAAGUCAAGCUAUGGAGCUCCAGUAGGGACACACAGUUCAAGGUCGAGCUCGUGCAUCCGUCUUGGACGCAGCAAAUCAGCGGAUCUCCUUUCACGAUCGCGCAGCUACGAGAAGCCCAAGCCGACUAUCUGCCAGUAGUUCUUCGCAAUGGACGUAAACGUAAGAGAGGUUGA